AUGGAUGCGCCCUCCGAAGGCGAAACGCCUACAGAGACAACUCCAUUCCCUGCGAUCGAUGACAAUGCGGGCCCUACGGCGGACGAUCCGUCCGUCUCAAGUCUAGAUGAACAUGGCAAAGACGGGGCGAAAGAUGCGGCAUCAAAGAAGAAGCUGCCUCCCCACAGACGAUCGCUGAGUGGGAACUUCAUGAAGCUGCUUCGCACCAGCAGUAGCGACCGCGGUAGUCAAGAUGGCACUCCAACGGGAGAGAAGAAUCGCAGCAGCAGUGCUAUGACUGGGGCAGUCGCGGACUCACAGAGGCGCAAGCGGAAGAGUUCACUGCGCAAGACUGUGCUUGGGAAAGGCAAGGAGAAAGAAAAAGAUCGUAAAGGGAAGUCACCGCUUUCCAGUCCGAUUGUGUCCAGUCCGGUAGCAGAACCAUCGUCACUGGAAGAGAUUACUAGUCCGACACAAUCGCCCACGCCUCGUCCCUCACUCGAUUCUACGUCCGCUGAUUCGCCAUCCUCGUCGCCCGAGCAUCCUCCGGCAGCGCCGCCGCGCUGGCAAGCACCAUUCCGAAGCCUCUCUCGUGUCUCAAUCCCCUCACUUCGUGCUACUGCACCGUCAGCAGACCCAGCGGUUCCUCACCACCAGCACACUGCUUCGACAUCAUCAGACGAUAACGUACAAAUCGGCAGCAACGACGGCGCCGCCGAUGCUUUCACCACUGCCCGAGCCGACUCUACCCAGUCAUCUUCCCGCUUUCCCACCCUGAGAAAGAUUCCUACACGGUCCAGCAUUGACUCGGCAGCAUCUAUCUCCUCAUCCUGGAUCUAUCCAUCAGUCGGCCCAUCCUCGAUCGCCGCAUCAAUCUCUACAGCCCCGUCGCUGCUCAGCGAUACCAUCCGGCGCUCGACCAACCAUUUUGGGUACUUCGCAUCUUCUCAUACCGCCGCACAUGUCGCCGCUCAACAGCAGCACGCCGCUCUAGCGCGCUCCCCCCUGGCCUCUGAGCCACAAUCUGUCGCCGGCUCGCCAGAUCUAUCCGAUGCUGAAGACGAAGACGACGACGAGCUCGUCCAUUCGUACGACCUUACCGCCUUCUGGGGCUACAUCAUCCUCAUCGUCACCUACGUCGUCUUCGUCGUUGGCAUGGGCUCCUGCUUCGGUGUUUGGUCGUGGGCGUGGGACGUAGGGGAGACGCCGUACGCUCCGCCGGAGCUGGAGGAUGAUGCGAGCUUGCCUAUCGUGGGCUACUAUCCCGCCCUUAUGGUGUUGACGGCAGUGAUGGCGUGGGUGUGGGUUGUUGUCGCGUGGGUUGGGAUGAAGUAUUUCCGGCAUUCGAGUGGUGUUGCUGGUGAUGAUGGCUGA